AUGUCAGGAAGCAAGGAAAGGAAGAGUGAAGAAGUUCCUAAAGAUGCUGUGGGUAAAGAAGAUACAUCAUCAUUAACUGAAAUUGUAGAGGAACUUGCAAAACAACAAUCCCAAACAUCAGAAAUAGAAAGAAAUAAAAAAGUUCUGUUUCAUUUACAGGUGCAACAUAAGAGGUAUUAUGCAAUUCUUAAGCGUUUACAUUGUCAGGUGAACAAGCUUCAAUCAAAUAGAAGACAAUGGCAAUGGAACAUUCAACAGCUGGAAAAAACUGCAGCUGAACUAAGAAAAUGUGUUGGAAUGAAAGAGUGA